CUUCUUCUCAUAACAUAAAAACUCAGUUUUAAAAUCUCUUCUUCUAAAGCACUAGCUUAAACUCUGGAAAGCGCUUAUUUUCUCAAAUCAAUUACACAUAGAAGAAAAUAAACUUUCCAUAGUUGUAACAAUGGCUCGCUGUCUCGCUAAUGUUAAGGUUGUCUCUACUAUCAUCCUCGACGGUUUUUCCAACACUCUUACAAGACGAGGUUACUCUGCCGCAACAGAAAGUGCAACGAGGGGAGUAGUUGGGUCAAUUGGAAACAAGAUGGGAGGCACAAAGUUAGGAGAAGAGAAAGUGGCUUCUACUUAUAAGGUUUCAUGGGUUCCUGAUCCUGUCACUGGUUACUACAAACCUGAGAACAUUAAGGAUGUCGAUGUCGCUGAUUUACGCGCUAAGCUGCUUCAGAAAAAUCUCAAGAACUAAAUAUCAAGAUUUUAACCCAAUCAACGGCGGAUCUAAUGAGCUUUAGGGAUCGAUUUUAGGUGGCGUAUCAUGGCCUCGAGUGAUUCUCUUAAUUGUGAAGAUCCUUGAUUUAAUUCUUUUGUCUAUUUAUAAUAUAUUUGUAGUUGAUAUUUUAUUUAUUUUCGGAAACAAGAACAAUGAGUUUCUUUCGUAA